CUUGAUUACAAGUCUGACUGAAGAUUUUAAUCAUCCCGGAGCCACACUGAAAACAAUUCUCCCUGAAAUCCUCUCUCAGCUGGUAGUCACUAACUUUGGGCAUGUUAGCUUCUGCAUCCACUGACAGUGGUCCUUUUUGAGAUGGCCUCUGUGAUUCAGCUAUUCAGAACCUAAUGAAGUUGGUGACUCUGUGACAAUGUGGAGAAAUCAUGUCAGAAAAUGCAGUUUGUACUGGGGCUGUCAAUGCUGUGAAGGAAGUUUGGGAAGAAAGAAUAAAGAAACACAAUGAAGACCUGAAGCGAGAGAAGGAAUUUCAACAGAAGCUAGUGAGGAUCUGGGAAGAACGAGUAAGCUUAACCAAGCUAAAAGAAAAGGUCAUCAGGGAAGAUGGAAGAGUCAUUUUGAAGAUAGAGAAAGAGGAAUGGAAGACCCUCCCUUCUUCUCUACUGAAAUUGAAUCAGCUACAGGAAUGGCAACUUCAUAGAACUGGUUUAUUGAAAAUUCCUGAAUUCAUUGGAAGAUUCCAGAACCUCCUUGUAUUAGAUUUAUCUCGAAACACAAUUUCAGAGAUACCACAAGGAAUUGGACUUCUCACUAAACUUCAGGAGCUGAUUCUUAGUUACAACAAGAUCAAGACUGUCCCCAGGGAACUAAGUCAUUGUGCCAGGUUGGAGAAACUAGAACUUGCUGUAAACAGAGACAUCUGUGAUCUUCCACAAGAGCUCAGCAAUUUGUUAAAGCUUACGCACCUUGAUUUGAGUAUGAACAACUUUACUACAAUCCCUCCAGCUGUGUUGAACAUGCCUGCUCUUGAAUGGCUCGACAUGGGGAGCAACAGACUUGCACAACUUCCUGAUACCAUAGAAAGAAUGCAGAGUCUACAUACAUUAUGGCUGCAACGGAAUGAAAUAACAUGCUUGCCAGAAACAAUCAGCAGUAUGAAAAAUCUGGGUACUCUUGUUCUCAGCAACAAUAAACUGCAAGAUAUUCCAGCGUGCAUGGAAGAGAUGACUAAUCUGAGGUUUGUCAACUUCAGAGACAACCCAUUGAAAUUGGAAGUAACACUUCCUCCCAGUGAAAGCAUAGAUGAAGAAGAGGAACGGGAAUUAUUUGGCCUUCAGUUUAUGCACGCAUAUAUACAGGAGUCCCGGAGAAGAGCAGGAAGCUAGAGGACUAAGUGUUCUGCCCAAAGAGAGUAUAUCAACAGAGGAAGAUACGGGAAAAGAUGUGGAAAAAGAAAUUCCCACUCAGGAGAGUGAACGAAAUCCCCAGGAUGAGACUGAAGAGAGUUUUAUGUUGAUCACUGUGCCCCAGGAACAUGUCUGAAGCAUACUGGGGAGAAGUCCAGUCUUGACUGGAACAUGUCUGAAGCAUACAAGGAGAAUUUUUCAGGAAGACAGAAACUAACAGAAUACUUGAUGAAUGUGUUACAACAAAUACAUUUUUAAAAGACCAAGUAAAUAAAAUUAUAAAUUAUUAAUUUAGCAAACAAAAAAUUAUACAGGAAAAAGUAAUUUACUACAUGGUCCAGUGAUCAAAAAUGAUGAUUUAAUCAUUUAAUACAUAUUAGAAAGAUGAGGAAUGGGAAGUGUCUGCACUCGAGGCGGGGCAGGAUAGAAAAUCUUCAUCUUCCAUUGGGAAAAACCGGUAGAUAAUGCUUGGGGAGAAAAAGGGGGGGGGGAGCAAAAACAAAAGCCUGUUUUAGAUACUUCAGAUAAAUAUAAAAAUUCACCUAUAAGAGGUAAAUGUGGUUGGCUCUGAAGAGAGAAACAUGGCAGGGAGGAAGUGGCUGGUGCUGUUUUUAAAACAACUUGAGAACCUGUAGAAUUUUUUGACUCUUAAACACACAAAUCUAACUUUAAUAAAAGCCCAAAAAAGAGAAACAAAAAACAAGGAAAGAAGAAAGGGGAUGGGGAUGUCUGCAGUAAACUCAUUCAACAGAUACUUCCUAUUCUUUCUCAACCCCUAAAAUGAGUAGUCAAUUCUAACCCUGCCACCCAGAAAGGAAGAGAAGUCCUUUAAAUAAAUGUCACCGACUCCUCAUUUCAAAACUACCUUUACGCACUCUCAGUAUGUCAUUAAGUAAGUCUUUUAUUUUAAAUAUUAAGAAAAAACCGAGGUAUGGAUGUCAGGAGAUUAAAAUUCACAUUUUCACUGGUGGCUAUAUUUUUAGUCACUGCUUAGUAGGAAAAGAUUUUCCAAUUAAUGUAAAUUCCAGAAGGGCAGUAUUGAACUAGAUUGUAGAUAUUUGCUCCUUUCUCUCUUAUUUUGGUUUAAAAAUAUGGAAUGGGGGCACAUGGUGGGCACAGAAGAGUGAUCUAGAAACUAUUUAAUAAAUAUGGUAGGCUACUUUUCAGUAUGCUUAAUAAGAAUUCA